UGUCUCUCCACCCGGGUCUGUCCUCCGGGCCGCAGCAGGAACGUCCUCCUCAUGGGACCCCCCGGGGCGGGGAAGACCUCCGUGGGGAGGACCGUGGCCCGCACGCUGGGGGUCCCGGUCAUCGACGUGGAUGACGACAUCUUGGAGACCACGUGGAAGAUGCCCGUGGCUGCCAAGCUGUUGGCCGUGGGGGGGCAGCGGUUCCUGGAGGAGGAGGGUCAGGUCCUGUGCAGCUUGUCCGCUUCCGGUUGUGUCGUGUCCCUCUCGGGAUCGAACCCCCUACACGAUGAGGCCAUGCAGCACGUCAGGAGGGGCGGGGUGGUGGUCUACCUGGACGUGGACCUGGAGGACAUCCUGCGGAGACUCACCCGGAUGAAGGUGGACCGGAUCGUGGGCCAGGAGGGGGGGGCGACCCUCAGGGACAUCCUGCUCUACCGGAAGCAGUUCUAUGAGAAGUGGCUGGACGUGCGGGUGCUGUGCGGGACCGGGGACACGGUGGAGGGCGUGGCCAGGAAGGUGCUGAAGGCCGUGGAGAGGUAUGAAGGUGCAGAGACCUACGUGUCCACCAGGGGGUGCAGCGGGGGGUCCACCAGCUUCAGUGAUGUGGUUGUAGAGGGUCUGGCCACAGAUGGGGGUCUCUACGUCCCCAGAGGUGGAGUCCCACAGCUGGAUGCUGGAGAGUGGCGCAGACUGGUGGACAUGUCCUACCCGGAGAGGGCGCUGGUUCUCCUGGAGAAGUGCGUCCACCCGCUGGACGUCAGCGCCCUGGACCUCCGGACCAUGGUGCUCCAGGCCUACGGGUCCAACUUCUCCAGCGAGGAGGUGGCGCCCGUCAAACAUCUCCACCGCAACCAGUACGUCCAGGAGCUCUUCCACGGGCCCACGGCGUCCUUCAAAGAUCUCGCCCUGCAGCUGAUGCCCCAGCUCUUCGCCUACUGCCUCCCGUCCACGUGCAACUACCUCAUCCUGGUGGCCACGUCCGGAGACACCGGGAGCGCCGUGCUCAGCGGCUUCGGGAGCCUCGCCGGGGCGGACCGCCAGAAGACCGGCGUGCUGGUGUUCUUCCCGGAGGAGGGAGUGAGUGAGAUCCAGAAGCUGCAGAUGAUGAGCUACAGGGAGGGCCACGCCCGGGCCGUCAGCGUCCGCUCCGACUUCGACUUCUGUCAGAGGAGCAUCAAGAGGAUGUUUGGAGAGAGCGGGCUGACGGGCCACCUCGCCGUGGAGUACGGGACGGUCCUCAGCACCGCCAACUCCAUCAACUGGGCCCGGCUGCUGCCACAGCUGGUGUACCACUCCUCAGCCUAUCUGGAUCUGUGCCGGGACGGUGUGGUCACGUUCGGGGAGCCCGUGGAUGUUUGCAUCCCGACCGGCAACUUUGGCAACGCCAUGUCGGCUCUGUACGCCAAGCGCAUGGGCGUCCCGAUAAGAAAAGUCAUCUGUGCGUCCAACCACAACCGCAUCGUCACGGACUUUAUCACCACGGGCCAGUACGACCUCCGGGGCCGGCCGCUGAUGCUCUCCCACUCCCCGGCUAUAGAUAUCCUGAAAUCGUCCAACCUGGAGAGGUUUAUCUACCACGUCUCAGGCGGAGACAGCCGGCUCGUCAGGGAUCUGUUCACACGCCUGGACGGGCAGCAGCACUUCCAGGUUCCUGAGCCUCUUCUUGGCAGGAUCCAGCAGGAGGUGCAGGCUGGCUGGUGCUCUGAAGACGACUGCCUGGACGCCAUCCGGAGGGUUCACACGCAGACGGGCUACGUCCUGGACCCACACACCGCCGUGGCUCAGGUGGUGGCCGAGCGGCUGCAGGACGGCUCCACCCCCCUGGUGCUCUCCUCCACCGCGCACUACGGGAAGUUUGCUCCCGCUGUGUUCAAAGCUUUAGGAAUCCCAGAUACUCCCGAGGAUCCCGUGGAGCAGCUGAAGAAGCUCGGGUCGACCGCCUCCAGACCUGGAGAGCACAGAGAGAUGAUGAAGUGCCUGAAGGGACGCAGCAGGGGGGGGCACACUGUGUGUCAGGCGGAGUACGGUGUGCUGGUGGAGGAGGUGGAGAACAUGAUACACGACUCCUUCCUCAAAGUUAUGUAGGUUUAUUUGACCUCCAGGGAAAUCACGUUUUCACCCCAUGUUGGUUUGUUUUUCAGCAGGAUUACGAUAAAUUUACCUGAAACGUCCGGAAAGAUCUCGUAAAAUAAGAAAUUAAAUGUGAGGCGAAUGUUGGGCCUCAGCUUAGCAAAGGUCAGACAUAAGAAUAAAAGGAAGCUAAUAAUAAAAUAACUAAAUAUAUACAUUUCAUGUAUAAAUGUAUAAUAAA